UCAGCGCUGUUUCUCUUCAGCUGCUCCUGUCGGUGACGGUGUAACUUUUUCUCGGUCGUCCCGAACCCGGGUUCAUCCGACACCGAAACCGCGCGCCAGUGCACUACCCGCGAGGAUGCCUCCCAAAUUCGAUCCCAACGAAGUUAAAAUCGUGUAUCUCCGAUGUACUGGGGGUGAAGUUGGUGCUACUUCAUCACUGGCUCCCAAGAUUGGCCCACUGGGUCUGUCUCCCAAGAAAGUAGGUGAUGACAUUGCCAAGGCUACAGGUGACUGGAAAGGACUGCGUAUAACUAUCAAACUGACUAUUCAAAAUCGACAGGCACAGAUUGAAGUUGUUCCAUCAGCUUCUGCCCUCAUCAUCAAAGCUCUGAAGGAGCCUCCUCGUGAUAGGAAGAAGCAAAAGAACAUCAAACACAGUGGCAGCAUCACCUUCGAUGAAGUGGUUGCUAUUGCCCGGCAAAUGAGGCACCGUUCUCUGGCCAGGGAACUUGCAGGAACUGUGAAGGAGAUUCUGGGAACUGCUCAGUCCAUUGGUUGCAACAUUGAUGGCAAACACCCUCACAGUGUGAUUGAGGAUAUCAACCAGGGCAAGAUUGAGGUUCCCUCAGAAUAAAAUGGAGGUGCCGAGUUUCCAAAUAAAGCAUUUUUAAAAAAAAUUUGGUGUUUGAAUCUUUAUAAUUUCAAACUUUAGCUGAAAUUCUCAAAUCAAUUGAUCAUUG